AUGGGUAGCUCAAAGGUGGCAGUGGAUCGAAGAUGCGCCUGCCGAGCUAGGGCCUACCCGGAAGGUUUUGUGCGCUUUGGCUUUGGGGUCUCAACCGAGCUUAAGCAGAGAGGGCUCCAUAACGAGAAGCUUGGACAGCCGUUAGAAAAUACAUUCCGUGCACCUGGUAGCAGGCUCGCGUCAAAGGAAGCCUGUCCCUGUGAACGGACUCGUUACAUUUGCUCAACCGCGCCUUGUGACCCUUUCAACACUAGUUCUUCGAGGCAUCUCCACUCGCCUAUUGUAAAGCCAUUCAAAAGCGCAUCGAGGAAGGCCAGUAAGUCGAUAGGUUCUCUUAGCCUUACUUCGGCAAUCAAAAAUCUUUUCGGUCACGGGAGAAAAAAGCCCGAGUUGAAAGAUCAGGACGACUUCUGGGAAAGGUAUUGCCAAUCUUACAGUGAAGGGCCAUCAUAUCAUUCGCGACAAUUCUCAAACCCACUUUCUCCAGCGCGCCUCAGGAAGUGGAAACCGCGCUCAUUUAGUGACCCCUUACAUAGAAGGACAGGCAGCGUUGGGCAGAAGCCGUAUUCUUGGUCCGAAGAAAGUGAAUUUCCCAUUUCGCAGCCAUCGCAGUAUUCAUCACCUUACCACCAAACCUCCUACCCCGCCGACUAUUUCUCACUCUCCCCACACGACGAGCCUAUCGACGAAACAGCUCCGAUCCAGAAGCUGAACUCUCGGGGCCUGGCUGAAGAGCAAGCAGUCAAGAGCCAGGACUCGUUACUUCCGCCAACACCGGAGCCCUUGAGAUACUGCGAUCUGCGUGAAAACAAGACAGUCUUCCCCAAGCUCCCAAUCUCCACCAUGGAUCCCCCCCGUGCCUCCAAAUUCCUGGAUCCGACGUCCGCCAUGGCUGCUAUUACGAAGCACAAAGCAGAGGCCAUCAAGCUUGCGCGUGAGCAGGGCGUCGCGGUCCAGGAGAUGUGUCGCAGAGCUAAAACUGAUACUCCGCCGUACGAAUUCGAGGAGCUGAUUGGCAAAGGUGCUUAUGGUCGCGUGUACAAAGGCCACCAACUGCCCUCGCGCAGAAUCGUUGCGAUAAAAGUCAUGGAUAUUGAUUCAUUGGACUACAAGAGUGUUCGGGAUUUUCGAGAUGAAUCUAUAAAGGACUUUAUUCAUGAAACGAAGGUCAUGAAGCAGGUUAAAGAUUCAGGAGCAAAGAACAUCAACGAAAUAAUCGAAGCCAUCUCUAUCCACUCCCAGCUAUGGUUGGUUUGUGAGUACUGCCCCGGUGGAAGCGUCAGGACAUUGAUGAGAGCUACGGGUGACCAACUGGAUGAAAAGUUUCUGAUCCCUGUAGCCCGUGAGCUUGCUGCUGGCUUGCGUGCUAUCCACGACGCUGGCAUCAUUCACCGAGAUAUUAAAGCGGCCAAUAUCCUGAUACACGAGGAGGGACGAUUGCAAAUCUGCGAUUUUGGUGUGGCUGGAGUGCUACAAUCACAGUUGGACAAACGGUCGACCUGGAUUGGAACACCCCACUGGAUGCCACCUGAGAUGUUCUCUAUGCGCGGCGAAGCGCACAAAUAUGGUAGCGAGAUCGAUGUAUGGGCCUAUGGCUGCACGCUGUUCGAAAUAGCGACGGGAAACCCCCCGAACUCAAAUUUGCGAGAGCGAAUGCAGAUAGGAAGGCAACUCAACCGCGUCGCUCCCAAGUUGGAAAAUUCAAAAUACAGUGAUGGGCUGAAAGACAUUGUCGCUUACGUAUUGGAAUCAAACCCAUCUACCCGACCAACAAUGGCAGACAUACAAUCGCAUGCAUACAUUGCGGAUACCGAGGAGGCCUAUCCCACAUCGUCUCUGAGUGAGCUAGUGCGGAUCUAUUAUCAGUGGUCGCAGCGGGGAGGACAGCGCAUCUCCUUAUUCCACCCCGGAGGUGCAGCGGCCGCGGAGAUGCCAGGCACAACUAUGGACUCAGAUAGCGACUGGAAUUUCAGCACCACAGAUGGGUUUGAACGAAGAUUUUCCGUCAUUGACCUCGACCAGAUAGCCGCAUCUUUGGCCGAGAUGGAGGACGAACUCGGCACCACGAAUAUGCAGCCUGCACGAGAGUCGUUCGAUGAACCGGUUGAGCGGGUAAUGACGAAGGAAGACCAAGCUAACUUCGAUGAGCGUGUCCGACGAGGCGCUGAAGCUAUGGAGGGACUUUUCAAUGAAGAGAAACCAAGCUAUACGUACGAGACGAAGAAUGAUUUUGUUCCCAUUGAGGAAAAGCAGCCGGUUUCGGACUUACCUCUCCGCACCGAAACCGAUCGCUCUUCCGUCACCUCGACAUUUAUCGAUAUUGACAUUGGCUCAUUUGAUUCCUCGCACUAUGCAGCUGGAGCUUCGUCGUCGCAACCCUUUCAACUUGCUGAUGCAGAUACUAUCAAGGCGAACAGGUCUAGCGGUCGUCAAUUCCGCAAUUCUAGUGAUAGUCGUUCUCGCUCGUCAAGCAGUGAUGUCAGUAACCGGGAAGCUCAAGAUUUGACUUACCAGCCUCAGAGUGGCCCGCGACCCCCAACCAUGGAUUGGAAGUUCCCAGUUUUCAUGCAGCCCCCGGAGGAGGAGGAAUCCCAAAAGGAAGCCUCGCAGGAACCGGCGCCUGUGGAGCCUGAACCCACAGCAAGGCGUGCAACGAUGGAAUGGACCUUUCCUGUCAUGACCGCGGCUGCAGGCGAGGACCAGAGCGGUACCGACAAUGAUAUGGAUAACAGUCGCUAUGAUACUUUAAGGGCACCAGUUCUAGACCUUGAGCCAGCAGUGACGAUUCGACCUACCAGUAUUGGGGAGCCUGGUGACUCUCGGCCAUCGACGUCGGCAUCCACUCAUUCUCGUGCUAGUGUGUCGAUAAGCUCGGAUACUGACUAUGAUCCAUUCCGAUUUGACCGGCCUUCCACUCCACCGGGCAUCCCACAGCAGCAAGCCCUGAAGAAUGACUACCCAGAACUCCUAGCAAUUACUGAGGACAAGGAUGAUGAUCAGUCAUCUGUAUUAGACGGGCCUGGACCGGAUGAGGAGGAGAGCCACCCUGUUUGGCAAGAUAAUUCUGAUGCAUCAGAUCCUGCUCUGCAGUCCGAGCCGUUCCCGACGGCCAUCCCAACCAAUGAGCUACAGCCCAACCCUCCGUUUGCCGGAAGGGAUGACUCUCCAUCAUCUGAACCAUUACCCACAGCUCGACGCGCUCCAGCUACAAGUGCACUCGAUGAAAUGGAACCUAUUGUAUUCCCUGAUCUUGUGCCUCCUCGACUUGAAGUGAUGCAUGAAGGAGCAGACGAGAGUGAUGUGACGGCUGAGAUGGAUCGACUGUUAGGUGAUUUGUUGAGUGCGCUCUCGGCCACGGGCGAGGCGCUAUCACGCACCAGGUUCGGACCAGAAGUCGCCAAUGGAAAGAGCUCGACGCCUGAGAUCCCUGAGUAG